AUGGACGGUCGACGCACGCCUCCACGCCCACCAGCCGGCUCGGGCUACAUGCUACCCCCCAACUACGGCCACGACGACAUGGACAACGACCCGACUGGCAUGCACCACCGCUACAGCCAUCAAUUUCAUCAUCAGCACCAUGGCUCGGGCGUGCGCCUCUUGACCGGAAUGGAGGAUACCAGCUACGAUCCAGAUCCCAGGGUUCCGGUUUGGAUACCGAGGACGUUGGAGGAGGUUAUGGAAGAGGAACAGGAACAGGAGCCCGAGUACAAGCCUCGUCCGCUGCCCGAGAUUCUUAACAUUCUUCGGACAGAAGCGAGGGAUGGUUUCAAGGACGACACUCAAUCCGCAGCUCAAGGGGCCCAGUCUCAGUCGCAGCCAAAAGAACAGGCUUCUCCAAGUAAGAGGCGCUGCAUCAAGGCCGUUCGCCGAAAAGCAAUGGCGUCAUCCAGCGACUUGCGACAGCCCCGUCCGGCUAUGACAGCUCCGCGCAGAACUGUCAGGCUGCAGCGGCGUCAGGAUCUGCCUCCUCGGCCUCAAUGCAAGCAGCUGUCAUCACCACCAAAGGGCUACCGAGAAGAGCGUGAGCUGAGCCCCGAAGCUGUUGCCGCCAUCGUCGCGAGCCUGCCGACCAUCCCGGAGGGCCCAUCUCCGAGACGGUGGUCGAGGUAUAGAGCGAGAGUUGAAACUGCACCUAAUAGCGAUGAAGAAGAGGAUCCUAAGCCAGUCAAGACCGUUGCAUACCUAUACCCCAGAAGCACAGGCACAAGGAAUGUCUUAACAAGCAGCGGCUUACACGGACACCGUAACAGGCACACUUCACAUGGGUACGAGCCCUCCCUCGAUGACCGGACCAAUCUAUAUGAGCCAUCGCUUGACGAUCGGCGGCCGUAUGAGCCCUCGCUUGAUGAACGCCCUUCUCGCGUUACCUAUGAGCCGUCGCUUGACGAUCGAAGGGGUUAUGAACCCUCGCUGGACGAGCGCCCUUCCCAUGCUUACGAGCCCAGCUUGGAUGAGCGUCCCGGACCGAGCAGCAGCAGGGGAAUUUACAGCGAGUCGACUACUUCGUUUACGACGGAUGCAAGACAGUCCAUCAUGAACCCCCCACCUAUCCCUCCUCCGCAGCAAGGAGGUCAUACGGGGGGCUUUUCGGUUUACAAUCCCGAGACGGAUGGUUCUCCUACCGCGAGAGCAGGACAUUGGCUUCCCCCGCCGCCGACGCACAGUAAUAUCUCGUUGAACACGACCACAACGAGUAAUGACUACGCCCCGCCGCCGCGUCCCCCUCCGGCAAGCACACGCUAUGAACCGGCCGAUCUGAACGGGAACCCUCGACCAGGGACGUCAUCGAACUCCGCAUAUGAUAGAGGCGCAGCUAGCAGGCCUUUACCUCCGGCACCGUUGUUUUCACUCGGUGGGCCAGGCACCAGGUCAACGACCAGCUUUGCGCCAAGUAGUGGCAUGGGCGGGCUCGAUGACGCGGUUAGUAUCCCUCUUGGCGCAGAGGACGACGAUCCGUUUGGUUCGAGGGCCGAGCUGCGGAGCGAGCAUAACCAUGAGAGGUAUCCUAUGCGGAGCGAAAUGGACAUGGAAAGUCAGCGGGAGGGAUCAGAAUACGGACCAUCGAGGACUAACAGCGUUACGGACCGGACUACAUCCUCGGGGUCGUCGAUCCAAGAGAAGUUUGAGCAGUAUCGCCAGGCCCCGACAGAGGGCAAACAAGAACGUCGCGGUCUGCGCCCACCGCAGAUGAGCAAAAAAGAAGUGCAGCUUAUCAACGGCGAGCUGGUGCUGGAGUGCAAGAUCCCGACGAUUUUGUACAGCUUUUUGCCGAGGAGAGAUGAGAUCGAGUUCACGCACAUGCGGUACACAGCCGUCACUUGCGACCCAGACGAUUUUGUUGACAGAGGGUACAAGUUAAGGCAGCAGAUCGGGCGGACUGCGCGCGAGACGGAGCUGUUCAUCUGCAUCACGAUGUACAACGAGGAUGAGUUCGAUUUCACGCGGACGAUGCAUGCUGUGAUGAAGAACAUUGCGCAUUUCUGCAGUAGGACGAAGUCAAGGACUUGGGGUGAGAAUGGGUGGCAGAAGAUUGUGGUGUGCAUCGUGUCCGACGGCAGAGAGAAGAUUCACCCGCGCACGCUGGAUGCCCUCGCGGCCAUGGGUGUUUACCAGCACGGUAUUGCGAAGAACUACGUCAACCAGAAGGCUGUGCAGGCGCAUGUGUACGAGUACACGACGCAGGUGUCGCUCGACUCCGAUCUCAAGUUCAAGGGCGCCGAGAAGGGGAUUGUGCCGUGUCAGAUUAUUUUCUGUCUGAAGGAAAAGAAUCAAAAGAAGCUCAACUCGCACCGGUGGUUCUUCAACGCUUUUGGACGUGCCCUCAACCCGAAUGUCUGCAUCCUGCUUGACGUCGGUACUAAGCCGGCUAACACAGCGCUUUACCAUCUCUGGAAGGCCUUCGACCAGGACUCUAACGUCGCUGGCGCCUGCGGAGAGAUCAUCGCCAUGAAGGGCAAGUGGGGGAAGAAUUUGCUCAAUCCUCUAGUGGCGUCUCAGAACUUUGAGUACAAGCUGUCGAAUAUCCUGGAUAAGCCGCUUGAAUCAGUGUUUGGGUAUAUUACCGUGUUGCCGGGUGCGCUAAGUGCGUACCGGUAUCAUGCAUUGCAGAAUGAUGAGACGGGGCAUGGACCGCUGAGUCAGUACUUCAAGGGUGAGACGCUGCAUGGGCAGCAUGCGGAUGUUUUUACGGCGAAUAUGUAUCUGGCCGAGGAUCGUAUUUUGUGCUGGGAGUUGGUGGCCAAGAGAGGGGAGAGAUGGGUGUUGAAGUAUGUGAAGAGUUGUAAGGGUGAGACGGACGUGCCUGAUACUGUCCCUGAAUUUGUCUCGCAACGCCGCCGCUGGCUCAACGGCGCCUUCUUCGCAGCCGUCUACUCGUUGGUUCACUUCCGUCAGAUCUGGCAAACCGACCACACCAUGGCUCGCAAGAUCCUGUUGCACAUCGAAUUCGUCUAUCAAGCUAUCCAGCUCUUCUUCACCUACUUUUCCCUGGCCAACUUCUACCUCACCUUCUACUUCAUCGCAGGCGGCAUCGCCGAUCCAGCCGUCGACCCCUUCGGCGGCAAGACCUGUCUCUACAUCUUCACCAUUAUGCGCUACGUCUGCGUCCUGCUCAUCUGUACACAAUUCGUGCUCUCCCUUGGCAACCGCCCUCAAGGCGCCAAAAAGAUGUACGUCGCGUCCAUGAUCAUCUACUCUAUCAUCAUGGCAUGGACAUUCUUCGCCUGUAUCUACAUUGUCAUCCGCCAGUUCCGUCUUAAGGAUGAUCCGGACCUGGCGCUGGGCAAUAACGUUUUUACGAAUGUCGUCGUGUCCACGAUAUCGACUAUCGGCCUCUACUUUGUCAUGUCCUUUUUGUAUCUCGACCCCUGGCACAUGUUCACUUCCUUCCUGCAGUACCUCAUCCUGUUGCCGUCGUAUAUCUGCACACUGCAGAUCUACGCGUUCUGCAACACGCACGACGUGACAUGGGGUACCAAGGGUGAUAACGUGUACAAAACCGACCUGGGCGUUGCCAAGGGUGAUGGGUCCAAGGUAGAGUUGGAAAUGCCCUCCGAACAGUUGGACAUCGACUCGGGGUAUGACGAGGCCCUACGUAACCUGCGCGAUCGUGUCGAGGUACCGAAACAGCCUGUCAGCGAGGAACAACUGCAACAAGAUUACUACAAGAGCGUCCGCACCUACAUGGUGCUAGUCUGGCUCGUUGCGAACGCGACGCUCGCUAUGGCGGUGAGCGAGGCCUACGGUGGUAGUGCCAUCGGGGACAAUUUCUACCUGCGUUUUAUCCUGUGGUCGGUCGCAGGCUUGGCCGGGUUCCGUGCGCUGGGGAGCACCGCGUUCGCGGUCAUUGAGAUUAUUAAUAUGAUUGUCGAUGGCAAGAUGAGGAUGUCGCUGCGCUCGCCGCGCUGGAAGACGACUAAGAGCGGGAAGAUCCGGCCGGGUGGGCGGUGGGGAUGGUUUUCGGGGAUUGGUGAGAAGGUUAGUGAUGCGGUGAGUAGUGUGGCGACGAGUAUUAGGCGUUAG